ACGACAUACGGCUGUACGGCAGCGCUGUCCACUACAGUCACCGGAAGGACAAAGAAACGACGUCUCCUCAUUACCGUACCGUUUGAGUAAACCCACCUAAAAGAAGAACACGGGAGUGAGGGAGGCCGUCUGGUUUCUGGCAUGGCCAACCCUUUUAGGGGUCAGGUCAUCAGGCUUUACAAAACGCUGCUGUAUCUGGGCCGUGAGUACCCGCAGGGAGCAGCGUAUUUCAGAGGCCGUCUGAAGUCAGCUUUCAUGAAGAAUAAAGACGAGACGGACCCGGGGAAGAUCCAGAAGCUGGUGGCCCGGGGAGACUUCGUCAUCAAGGAGCUGGAGGCUCUGUAUUUCCUCAGGAAAUAUCGAGCCAUGAAGAAGAGGUAUUACGAUCCAGAAAAAUGACAGCACUGGAGGAUAGUUCAGGCUGUGAGGAAAGUACAGUCAGUCAAUCAGUCAGGCAGACACAGUCCUUGUGUAACAAAUGUACUAUGCUUGCCUCAGAAGAAGGAAGUGCCAGAAAGUGAUAAUGAAGUUGUUACAGAGUGUGCUUUGUAUUUUUUUAUACCAAACUUGUAACUUAAAGGCCAGUGUUUUAAAUCACAAAUACUGUAUAUAUGUUAAUAUCUUUGAUUCCCGUCCAAAACAUUUCUAAAUGUCGGAAGCCUAGGUAUCAGACUGACUUCACCUUAUUGUACAAUGUAUUUUCAAUGUAUAUAUUUGUAAGUACAUGGUGAUAUGUCUUGAGUGAAUGUACAUGACUAUGUAUCAAUGCACUAUCCGAUUAGAAAACAAGCAGUAUUUAAAAAAAAAAAAAAAAAAAAAAAGGGAUGCCUUGUGUCAAAAUAAAUCUAUUCUAAAAUGAC